GGUUGCCUGAAUCUCUUCGGCAUAUGACUGUGAGAGUGAUCGUAAAUCGUUUCAAUUGUAUUGUCGGUUUCGCAAGUACUAUUUUCCCAUUCACUAGCGGCAUUUGCAAAUUCAAAUAAGUAGAUUUUUUUGAGGUCACUCGGUCGUACAGCAAUAUUAAAAUGUUGAAAGUCAUCUUCUCGCUGUUCGUGGCAGGAGUCACGGCUGUUCCGUUUUCCCUGCCGCAAGAGCUCGUCAUGGACCUCAACAAGCCUGCUCAGAAUACGAUCAACAUCAUUGCAGAAGCAGCAUCUUUUCUGAGGUCACCGAUUGAGGCGAGCGUGAAAGCCGUGCAUGCUCAGGAAUCCGAUGCUAUGAUCAAAGAUACUGUUUCGCGCGCGUGGAAAGCCGCUGCGGUUGCCGAAGGACUACCGGCAGAUGAGUUUGCGUGCUUUCGUGACUAUUCAGGAGCCCCUGCCGGUUGUGGCGAUUUCAGUGGAAUGACGCCAGCUGAGAAAGCCACUGCAGCCGCCGCGUGUGGAGCUAAGUUUCCGUGCGCCUAGAGAAGGGCUUCGGCAGCCGAGAUUUCCUAAAAUAAUGUUGUAUCUUUUCAUCAGCUCCGCGAGUAAAGGGCACUGAUAAUUGACUUUGAUUUGUGUGUGAGGUAUACCGUGUUCGAUCGAUCUCUCGACAGAGGAAAGUGAGCAUAGUAGAGUUAGUUUGGCAUUGACACUCCAUCGCAGAAUACCAUCUCGAGAUUUGAACUUUUUCUCGUGUCGCGACAUCAUGAGACUAAUCUGAAUGGCAUCAAACAAAGUAACUGUUCUAUAUUAUCCUUUCUAGUCCACCUUUUACUUUUUUUGCAAACGAACUGCGAGACCAUGCGAGUGUCAAGCAUCUUCCUAGCUUGCGCUGUCGGCGUGUCUGCCGAGUUGCAAAAGAGCGAUGCCGAGGCCGCUCUAGAGCAGGCAUACUCUGGGUUGAUUUCGUCCUUCAACACGGAGGACUAUGCUACCCAAGCACAGGCGAUCUCCUUUUUAGCCCGCUCUCCGGCUUUCCAGGCUAAAAUGGCUGCCAUGCCUCAGUGCGAUUUUGGUGCGGCUGAAGGCGCUGCUGCGAAGAAAGGCGUGUCUGCGUACCCAGGUGGCAUCGUCGCCCGUUUGUUUGGCUCAGAUCUCAGCUCCUUGGUCGCCAAGAUGGCUCCGCAGGGUCGCGGUGCCGCGGAGGUCUUGGCCGCCAACGGCCUGGCCACUGGCGCAGGCCUCGUUCAAAGCGCUAUGUCAGCCCUGCUAAACGUUGCUCCUCCGCUCAUUGGUGCACCGGUGUGGAUCAAUCAGCCGCUUCCAUGCAUGCCUAUGGCAACGGCCUCCAACUGUGGAGGAAGCGUUCUAUACCCUAUCACUGCCAGCGACUUCGCUAUGGCAGAUGUUACGGACAGACAGUUGGAUGGUACCAUUGCUGAUUUUCCUCGCUUUUACCGCAACACUGUCGGUAAGACCAGCGACGCUGCCUACAAGGCCUGCUUUGCAGCUUACAUGGGAAUGCAGUGCGCUUCCGUCUUCCCGCGUUGUGCAGUGCCGAUGGCACGCGAAGAGCCAAGUCCAAUGGGAAGACUGCCACUGUGCUUCACCAGCUGCUUGCUGACGAUGACGGCGUGCCCAGGAAUGUGGAUUUCGGAUAUGAAGGACGAAUGCAGCAUGGUCAGCGCUCCGCCGGCGUGCUCCAUGGCAAUUUUUCACAACUUCCAGUUGCUCCCGCCGCAGUACGAGUCCUUCGAGGAAACGAUCGGUGCCCCGACCGAGUGCCCACAAAUGCCGGCCGUUGCGUCUCAGUUGGGUCUUGGAGCAGACAGUGACGUGUACACGCUUGGUGGUGCCUCGUCUGGUGCUUACAGCAGUGAAGGAGCUUUGCCGCAUGCCUAA